CUCUCUGAUUGGCUGGAUUCGGCACAUGAUAAUUUAGGAGCUAAUGCAUUUGCUUUGCUCUCGACCAGGGUUUCUGAGGAGGGAAGAGUUGGAGAGGCUUUGCUGCUAAGGAAAUUAAUUAAAUAUUACUGGUUUGAAGCACAAAAUAGCAGCAGAAACAAUAGUGAUCGCCAGUAAAGGCCCAUGCUGUGCAGAACGCAGUUAAUCUUGUUACCCUAAGUUUGUAGGUGACAGAGUAUUACACUAAAAUGGCAGAUGACGAGGAAUAUGAGGAAUAUGAGUACUACGAAGAGACAAUCAUUGAAGGAGGUGAAACGGUGGAGCCAAAAGAAGAUGUCACAAGGGCACCAGUAACAGAGGCUCCAUCCAGUGAGCCAACCAGAAAGAAGCGGAUAAAAAAAAAAGUGGAUACCUCUAAGUUUAUGACUCCUUACAUAGCCCACAGCAAAAAGAUGCAGGACAUGUUUAGUCAGAAUAAAUAUAAGGAAAAUUAUGAAAAACACAGAGGAGAACCAUAUGCAAUCACCACGGAUACCCCUGAACUUCGCAGAAUCAAAAAAGUCCAAAACCAACUGAGUGAGGUUAAGUACCGUAUGGCUGGUAAUAUCGCCAGAACUGAUUGCCACGUUGAUGAAAAAGCGAGGGACAUUGAACAUGCUAAAAAGGUGUCUCAACAAGUGAGCAAGGUUUUGUAUAAACAGAACUGGGAAGACACUAAAGAAAAGUACUUGCUUCCUCCUGAUGCCCCAGAACUUGUACAAGCUGUGAAGAAUACUGCUAUGUUUAGCAAGAAACUCUACACAGCGGACUGGGAAGAUGACAAGACAACAUUUUUCCCUUAUUCCGAUAGCCCAGAACUGAGAAGAGUUGCCAAAGCUCAAAAAUCUUUAAGCGAUAUAAAUUACAAAAAAGGUAACGCUGAACAAAAGCUGCAAUUCACAUCAUUGGCCGAUCGGCCAGAUAUUGCGAUGGCAAAGAAAGUGUCCCAGCAGCUUAGUGAUAUAAAAUAUCGUGAGGACUAUCGGAAUAAAAUCAAGGGCAAAUGGAGCCAAACUCCUUGCUAUGAAAUUGCAGUUGCAAGAAUGAAUGCUAACAACCUUAGUGAUAGGAAAUACCAAGAAGAUUUUGAGAAUUCAAAAGACCAAAUCUACUUUAUGCAAACCGACACUCCAGAAUACAAAGUUAACAAGAAAGCAAGACUUAACGCCAGCACGGUGAAAUACAAAGAAGAUUAUGAGAAGGCAAAGGGACCCACAGCUUACCAUACUCUUCCUGCCACAGAAAACCCGUUACUACGGCAACUCAGAAAAUCUGGAAAGAACCUCAGUGAUAUUGAAUACAAGCAUGAUUAUGAAAAAGCAAAGGGAACAAGUAUUAACUACUGUGACACACCAAAGUUUCAGAUCGACAAUGUUCUGAAAAACUUCAGCAACCUUAAAUACAAAGACCAUUAUCAAAAGAAUGUACUGGGAAGUUAUGUGGGCAGCUAUGAAGAUCCUUACAUGUUGCACUGUGCCAAAGUCGCUAAUUUAAUAAGUAAUAAAAAUUAUAAAGCUGAUUACGAAGAGGACAAGACAAGCUGUUAUUUUCCACAGACUCUCACCCAAGAAUAUGAAGCCAGCAAAAAACUAGAUCUUUGCAAAGACUAUGUCUACAAAAAACAUCCAGAUAAAAUUAAAUAUACUCAAGUGGCUGACUCUCCAGAAAUGGUCCAAGCGCAAGUCAAUUCCAAGCAGCUCAGUGAUUUGAAUUAUAAAGCAAAACAUGAAAAAGAUAAAUUCAAGUGCUCAAUUCCUGCUGAUUCCCCAUUCAUACUCCAGUCUAGGCUUAAUGCAUACAACCUCAGUGAUAAUUGCUACAAAUAUGACUGGGAUAAAGCCAAAUCCAAGAAGCUGAGUAUUAAAAUUGAUGCAAUUCCACUGGUGGCAGCUAAAGCAAACAGAAUUAAAGCCAGUGAUGUUUCAUAUAAAAAAGAUUAUGAAAAGAAUAAAGGCAAGAUGAUCGGAGCUCUAAGUAUUCAAGAUGAUCCUAAAAUGUUGCUUUCUGCUAAAGCAGCGCACAAUCAGAGUGAUAUUCAAUAUAAGAAGGAUUAUGAAAAGAAUAAGACAAAAUACUCUUCACCUCUGGACAUGAUCCUAGUCACUUUAGCCAAGAAAUCACAGGCCAUUGCCAGCAAUAUAGAUUAUAAACAUCCAAUACAUACUUACUUCUAUCCUCCAGACAGUGUGAGCCUGGAAUUAGCAAAGAAAGCCUAUACUAUUCAGAGUGAUCUUGACUACAAAUCAGACUACAACAGCUGGGUUAAAGGCUGUGGCUGGAUACCAUAUGGAUCUAUAGAUGCUGAAAAGGCUAAGAAGGCAUCAGAUAUCUUCAAUGAGAGACAAUAUCGUCAGCAUCCUGAUACUAUUAAAUUUACAUCUAUUGAAGAUGAUCCUGUUAUGGUCCAAGCAAAGCUCAACCAGAAACUAAGGAGUGAUAUUUUGUACAAAUCAGAAGGAGAAAAGGUCCUUCAUAAAUAUUCCCUGCCUGCAGAUAUUCCAGCUUUCAUUCAAGCCAGAGUAAACGCCUACAAUCUGAGCGAUAACUGCUACAAACAUGACAUGGAGGAACUAAAGUCUAAGGGGUAUGACUUGAAAAGUGAUGCUAUCUCAAUAAAAGUUGCUAAAGCUGCUAGACACGCUGCCAGUGAUGUACAGUAUAAAAAGUCUUACGAGCAACAAAAAGGAAAGAUGGUUGGUUUCCGUAGCUUACAAGAUGAUCCUAAGCUUGUCCACUACAUGCACGUUGCCAAGAUCCAGUCUGAUCGGGAAUAUAGGAAGGAUUAUGAAAAGUCAAAGACUAAGUACAACACUCCAUUAGAUAUGGUGAACGUGGUUGUUGCUAAGAAAGCACAAGACAUUGCUAGUGGUAUUAACUAUAAGCAGCCACAUCAUCAUUAUACAUACUUGCCAGAUGCAAUGAGUGUUGAGUUGUCUAAAAAGAUGAUGGAGAUUCAAAGUGAUAACCUCUACAAGUCAGAUUUGAACUGGUUAAAGGGCACUGGAUGGAUUCCAAUAGGGUCUCUGGAUGUUGAGAAAGCUAAAAAGGCUGGUGACGCUUUGAAUGAAAAGAAGUAUCGUCAGCACCCAGACACUAUUAAGUUUACCAGUGUUGCUGACUCUCCAGUAAUGGUCCAGGCUAAAAUCAAUGCUCAGCAACUAAGUGAUAGACUUUACAAAUCUUCAGGAGAGAAGUUUAUGCACAAAUACAAUUUAACCACAGAUGUACCUCAGUUUAUUCAGGCCAGAUGUAAUGCAGCUAAUAUUAGUGAUAGUUAUUAUAAGCAGGACUGGCUGAAAACCAUAGCAAAAGGACACCAUGUGCUUGGCGAUUCUAUUCCCAUUGUUGCUGCAAAGGCUUCAAGAAAUAUUGCAAGUGAUUACAAAUAUAAAGAGGCUUAUGAAAAAGCUAGAGGGAAGCACGUUGGAUUUAGAAGUCUUCAGGAUGAUCCCAAACUUGUCCAUUUCAUGCAUGUAGCAAAGAUGCAGUCAGAGCGUGAGUACAAGAAGGACUAUGAGAAGACCAAGACCAAGUAUCAUACACCUUUGGAUAUGGUCAGCAUUUCUGCUGCUAAAAAGUCACAGGAGGUGGCUACCAACAUUAGCUAUAAGCAACCAAUCCACCACUAUACAUUCUUACCAGACGCAAUGAGUGUUGAUCUCUCCAGGAAAAGGAUGCAAAUUCAGAGUGAUAAUGUGUACAAAGAAGAUUACAACAGUUGGUUUAAAGGUGUAGGAUGGAUUCCUUUGGGGUCUUUGGAAGUAGAAAAAGUUAAGAAGGCUGGAGAAGCUUUGAGCGAAAAGAAGUACCGCCAGCAACCAGACACCAUCAAAUUCACAAGUGUUGCAGAUUCUAUGGAAAUGAAUCUUGCUACGAGUAACACCAAACAGCUAAGUAAUAUAACAUACAAAGCAGCUGGAGAAAAAGCUAAACACAAGUAUAACCUGAAUGCAGAUGAUCCCAAUUUUAUCCAAGCAAAAGUGAAUGCCUUAAAUAUUAGUGAGUCUGCCUACAGAGCCGACUGGCUCAAACACCUUGCUAAAGGCUAUGACCUGAAGUCAGACGCCAUAUCCGUUAUUGCUGCUAAAGCGUCAAGAAAUAUUGCAAGUGAUUACAAAUACAAACAAGCAUAUGAGAAAGACAAAGGUAAACAAGUGGGCUUCCGUAGUCUGCAAGAUGACCCAAAACUGGUUCACUACAUGCAUGUUGCCAAAAUCCAGUCAGACAGAGAAUAUAAGAAAGACUAUGAGAAAAUCAAGACCAAGUAUCACACUCCCCCUGACAUGUUCAGUGUCACAGCUGCAAAGAAAGCCCAAGAAGUGAGCAGCAAUACACACUACAAGCAACCUAUGCAUCACUAUACACUCCUGCCAGAUGCCAUGCACCUGCAACUGUCCAGGAACCAAAUGCAAAUCCAGAGUGAUAAUUUGUACAAGGCUGAUUUCAAUAACUGGAUGAAAGGAGUUGGCUGGGUUCCAAUUGGCUCUCUGGAUGUUGAAAAAGCAAGGAAAGCUGUAGACAUCAUGAGUGAUCAUAAAUAUCGUCAAAAUCCAGACCAGUGGAAAUUUUCAAUCCCGAAUGAUGCAAUGGAACAGGUGCUUGCAAGAAAUAAUGCAUUAACAAUGAAUAAGAGACUUUAUACUGAUGCCUGGAAUAAGGACAAGACCAAAAUACACGUAAUGCCGGACACCCCAGAGAUCCUGCUAUCUAAAGCAAACCAGCUGAACAUGAGUGAUAAAUUAUACAAGCUUGCUUACGAAGAAGACAAGAAGAAAGGUUAUGACUUGAAACCAGAUGCUAUAUCAGUUAAAGCAGCUCGAGCAUCAAGAGAUAUAGCCAGCGAUUACAAAUAUAAGAAAGCAUAUGAAUUAUCCAGAGGAAAGCACAUUGGAUUCCGUAGUCUACAGGAUGAUCCUAAACUGGUCCACUUCAUGAAUGUGGCAAAGAUGCAGUCGGAUCGGGAAUACAAGAAAGCUUAUGAAAAGUCUAAGACAGUGUUCCAUACCCCAGUUGACAUGUUCAGCGUCACUGCUGCAAAACUUGCUCAGAAUAUUGCUACAAAUACUAACUAUAAAAAGCUCAUCCAUCACUACAGCCUUCUACCUGAUGCCAUGAAUGUUGAACUAUCUAAAAACCGAAUGCAGAUACUGAGUGAUAAUCUUUAUAAAGCAGACUACAAUGAUUUCGUCAAAGGCGUUGGAUGGAUUCCAUAUGGAUCCCAGGAAGCAGAGAAGAACAGGAAAGCAAUGGAUAUUCUCAGUGAGAAGAAAUACCGCCAGCACCCAGAUAAAUUCCAGUUUUCUACUUUGACAGAUUCAAUGGGGAUGGUGUUGGCAAAGAACAAUGCUCAGAUAAUGAAUCGCAAUUUAUAUACUCAAGCUUGGGAAAAAGACAAGACUAAAAUUCAUGUUAUGCCUGACACACCUGAGGUUCUUCUGGCGAAAGCAAAUGCCUUCAACAUAAGUGAGAAAAAAUACAGACAAGCCCUGGAUGAGUCUAAAAUUAAAGGGUACGAUCUCAGAGUCGAUGCCAUCUCCAUCAAAGCUGCAAAGGCCUCUAGAGACAUUGCUAGUGAUUAUAAAUACAAGAAAGCCCAUGAAAUGGACAAGGGUAAGAUGGUUGGAUUCCGCAGCCUGCAGGAUGAUCCAAAACUUGUCCACUUUAUGCAUGUGGCUAAGAUGCAGUCUGACCGGGAGUACAAGAAGGAUUAUGAAAACACAAAGACAAAAUACCACACUCCAGUGACCAUGUUCAGUGUCAUGGCAGCCAAAGAAGCCCAGGCAGUUGCAACCAAUAUAAAUUACAAGCGACUUAUCCAUAAAUACAUCUUGCUGCCUGAUGCAAUGCCGAUACAGCUGGCCAAAAACAUGAACCAAAUUCAAAGUGAUAAUGAAUAUAAGAUCGACUACAAGACAUGGUACAAAGGAAUGGGAUGGAGUCCUUUGGGUUCUUUGGAUGUUGAGAAAUCAAGGAAGGCUUCAGAAAUUAUAAGUGAAAGCAAAUAUCGGCAACACCCAAGUCAGUUCCCAUUUACCAAGCAUAUGGACUCCAUGGAUCUUGAGCUUGCAAAACAAAAUGCCCAAGUAAUGAACAAGCACCAGUACAUUGAAGCCUGGGAAAAGGAUAAGACACAGAUUCACAUUAUGCCAGACACACCAGAAAUUCUCUUGGCAAAACAAAACAAAGAUGUCUAUAGUCAGAAACAAUACAGGCUUGGUUGGGAAGAAGCCAUCAAGAAAGGUUAUGAUCUCAAAUCAGAUGCUAUUUCAAUCAAAGCAGCCAAAGCUUCUAGAGAUAUUGCAAGUGAUUACAAAUACAAAGCCGCUUAUCGUAAGCAACUAGGUCAUCACGUAGGAUUCCGCAGUCUACAGGAUGAUCCCAAGUCUGUGUGGGCCAUGCAUGUAGCAAAGAUUCAGAGUGAUCGAGAGUAUAAGAAGGAUUAUGAAAAAUGGAGGACCAAGUUCAAUACACCAGUAGAUAUGCUGGGAAUUUUGCUGGCCAAAAGAUGCCAGACAUUAGUUAGUGAUAUUGACUACAAACACCAGCUACACAGCUGGACAUGUUUGCCUGAUCAGACAGCCUUUGUAGAAGCACGCAGAGUUAAUGAAAUAACAAGUGACAAUGCUUACAAGGCAGAUUAUAAUGAGUACAUGAAAGGUAUUGGCUGGAUUCCCUUUGGAUCUCAGGAAGCAGAGCAAAAUAAGAAAGCAAUGGAUAUUCUUAGUGAGAAAAAAUACCGCCAGCACCCGGAUAAAUUAAAAUUUACUAGCUUGACUGACUCAAUGGAAAUGGUAUUGGCAAAGAACAAUGCACAGAUAAUGAAUCGUAAACAAUACAAAGAGGCCUGGGAAAAAGAUAAGAGACAGAUUCAUAUCAUGCCGGACACUCCUGAGAUUUUACUAGCAAAGGUCAAUUUAAUCAACACCAGUGAUAAAAUCUAUAAAGCUGGGUAUGAAGAGCUGAAGAAGAAAGGUUAUGAUCUCCCUUCUGAUGCCAUUGCAAUAAAGGCUGCAAGGGCUUCACGAGACAUUGUCAGUGAGUACAAAUACAAAGCUGCUUAUCGCAAACAACUAGGCCAUCAUGUUGGAUUCCGCAGUCUACAAGAUGAUCCCAAGUCUGUGUGGGCCAUGCAUGUAGCGAAGAUUCAGAGUGAUCGAGAGUAUAGGAAGGAUUAUGAAAAAUGGAGGACCAAGUUCAAUACGCCAGUAGAUAUGCUGGGAAUUGUGCUGGCUAAAAAAUGCCAGACAUUGGUCAGUGAUAUUGACUAUAAGAACAUUCUUCACAAAUGGACCUGCCUACCUGACCAAAAUGAUGUAGUGCAGGCCAGAAAGACAUAUGACAUCCAGAGUGAUGUUCAAUAUAAGUCAGACCUUCAGUGGCUUAAAGGUAUUGGGUGGUCUCCUGCUGGUUCCUUGGAUGAUGAGAAGAACAAAAGAGCUUCUGCCAUCCUUAAUGACGCAAAGUAUCGCCAGCACCCAGACACCCUGAAGUUUACAAGUGUUACAGACUCCUUGGAACAGCAGUUAGCCAAAGCAAAUGCAGAAAUAAUGAAUAAGCGCUUGUAUACUGAUGCAUGGAACAAAGAUAAAACUAAACUCCAUAUUAUGCCCGACACCCCUGAAGUUCUGCUUGCAAAGCAAAACAAACUUAACUUUAGUGAGAAAUUAUACAAACAAGCCAUGGAAGAAGACAAGAAGAAGGGAUAUGAUCUACGUGUAGACGCUAUCCAAAUCAAAGCAGCAAAAUCGUCUAGAGAUAUUGCUAGUGAUUAUAAAUACAAAACUGCAUAUCGAAAACAGCUGGGCCACCAUGUUGGAUUCCGUAACCUGCAAGAUGAUCCUAAACUUGUGUGGUGUAUGCACAUAGCUAAGAUCCAGAGUGACAGGGAAUAUAAGAAAGACUUUGAAAAAUGGAGGACCAAAUACAACAGCCCAGUAGAUAUGCUGGGCAUUGUGCUGGCUAAGAAAUGCCAGACUUUAGUCAGUGACAUUGAUUACAGACGACGCCUGCAUCAAUGGACAUGUCUGCCAGACCAGAAUAAUGUUAUUCAUGCUAGAAAAGCCUAUGAACUACAAAGUGAUAAUCUCUACAAGUCUGAUCUUCAGUGGUUAAAGGGUACUGGUUGGGUCCCAAUUGGUUCUCUUGAUGUUGAAAAGACAAAGAGAGCUGGAGACAUCUUAAGUGAAAAAAAGUACCGACAGGCUCCUGACAAACUCAAGUUUACCAGUGUCACUGAUUCCCUAGAAUUGGUACUGGCUAAGAACAAUGCAGAUAUAAUGAACAAGCGCCUAUAUACUGAUGCAUGGAAUAAGGACAAAACCACACUUCAUAUCAUGCCGGAUACACCUGAAAUUACCCUGGCAAGACAGAACAAAAUGAACUAUAGUGAGAGCCUUUAUAAACUUUCACUGGAAGAAUCAAAGAAGAAAGGAUAUGACUUGAGAAUUGAUGCUAUUUCUAUCAAAGCUGCCAAGGCUUCAAGAGACAUUGCCAGUGAUUACAAAUAUAAAACAGGAUAUCGCAAGCAGCUUGGACAUCACAUAGGUUUCCGCAGUCUUCAGGAUGAUCCUAAGUCUGUGUGGGCCAUGCAUUUGGCCAAGAUGCAAAGCACAAGAGAAUAUCACAAAGAUUUUGAAAAGUGGAAGACAAAGUUCAAUAUGCCUGUUGAUAUGUUGGAUAUCCAGCUGGCCAAGAAAUGCCAGAAACUUGUUAGUGAUAUUGAUUAUAAACGCCGCUUGCACCAAUGGACCUGUCUCCCUGAUCAGAAUGAUGUCAUUCAUGCCAGGAAAGCUUACGAGCUACAAAGUGACAAUUUGUACAAAUCUGACCUUCAAUGGCUGAAAGGUAUUGGGUGGGUUCCAAUUGGCUCUCUGGAAGUGGAAAGGAACAAGAGAGCAGCAGAUAUCCUAAGUGACAGUAAAUAUCGUCAGCCUCCUAACACUCUGAAGUUCACAAGUGUGACGGAUUCUUUGGAGUUAACCCUCGCCAAAGCAAAUGCAGAAUUGAUGAACAAGCGCUUGUACACUGAUGCUUGGAACAAAGACAAGACCUCUAUUCAUGUGAUGCCGGACACUCCUGAGAUUGAACUGGCAAAAGCAAAUCGUAUAAAUUUUAGUGAAAAACAAUACAAACUUUCCUUGGAGGAAAGCAAAAAGAAAGGUUAUGAUUUGCGUGUGGAUGCCAUCUCAAUCAAAGCAGCAAAAGCAUCUCGAGACAUAAUCAGUGAUUACAAAUACAAGACUGGAUAUCGCAAGCAGCUAGGGCAUCAUGUUGGAUUUAGAAGCCUCGAGGAUGACCCAAAAUCUGUAUGGGCUAUGCAUAUUGCCAAAAUCCAGAGUGACAGAGAAUACAAGAAGGACUUUGAGAAAUCAAAGACCAAGUACAACAGUCCAGUGGAAAUGUUGUCUGUCUUGUUGGCCAAGAACUGCCAGAAACUUGUUAGUGAUAUUGACUAUCGUCAUCACCUUCACCAAUGGACUUGUCUGCCCGACCAGAAUGACGUCAUCCAAGCCAAGAAAGCCUAUGAUCUUCAAAGUGACGCUGUCUACAAAUCAGAUUUGGAAUGGUUGAAAGGCAUUGGUUGGGUGCCUGUUGGUUCCUUAGAAGUUGAGAAGGCAAAGAAGGCUGGGGAAAUCUUGAGUGAAAAGAGCUAUCGUCAAAAACCUAACACCCUUAAAUUCACCUCAAUUACAGACUCCAUGGAUUUGGUUCUUGCUAAGAAUAAUGCUCUACAAAUGAACCAUCGUUUGUACACAGAAGCCUGGGACAAUGACAAGACAACAAUUCAUGUCAUGCCAGAUACACCUGAAAUUAUGUUAGCUAAAUCCAACUCUGUCAACAUAAGUAAUAAAAUCUACACACAAGGAUGGGAAGACACCAAGAAGAAAGGAUAUGACUUGAGAGUUGAUGCCAUUUCAAUUAAAAGUGCAAAAGCCUCAAGAGACAUCGUUAGUGAUUACAAAUACAAAACUGGAUAUCGCAAGCAGCUAGGGCAUCAUGUUGGAUUUAGAAGCCUCGAGGAUGACCCAAAAUCUGUGUGGGCUAUGCAUAUUGCCAAAAUCCAGAGUGACAGAGAAUACAAGAAGGACUUUGAGAAAUCAAAGACCAAGUACAACAGUCCAGUGGAAAUGUUGUCUGUCUUGUUGGCCAAGAACUGCCAGAAACUUGUUAGUGAUAUUGACUAUCGUCAUCACCUUCACCAAUGGACUUGUCUGCCAGAUCAGAAUGACGUCAUCCAAGCCAAGAAAGCCUAUGAAUUGCAGAGUGAUUGGAUAUAUAAAUCUGACAUGGAAUGGAUUCGUGGUUGUGGUUGGAUGCCAAAUGACUCACUGGAAGUAAACAAAGUAAAGAAGGCACAAGAAAUCAUAAGUGAACGAAGUUACCGUCAAGCUCCAGAUACUCUGAAGUUCACCAGCAUUGUCGAUACUCCAGCUGUUGUCUUGGCCAAAGCCAACGCUUUACAGAUUAGUGAUAGUAUAUACCAUGAUGCCUGGGACAAGGAAAAGGCAAACUUCAGCCUCCCUUCAGACACUCCACAAAUGGUCCAGGCUAAAAUCAAUGCUCUGAACAUUAGCAAUAAAGCAUACCAGCAAGGCUGGGAAGAAGAUAAGAAAAAAGGAUAUGAUCUUAGAGCUGAUGCCAUUACCAUUAAGAGUGCAAAAGCAUCCAGAGACAUUGCUAGUGAUUACAAAUAUAAAACUGGAUACCGCAAGCAGCAAGGGCACCAUGUUGGAUUUAAAAGCCUUCUGGAUGAUCCUAAGUCUGUGUGGGCUAUGCAUGUUGCCAAAAUCCAGAGUGACAGAGAAUAUAAGAAGGACUUUGAAAAGUCAAAGACCAAGUACAACAGUCCAGUGGAAAUGUUGUCUGUCUUGUUGGCCAAAGAAUGCCAGAAACUUGUUAGUGAUAUUGACUAUCGUCAUCACCUUCACCAAUGGACAUGUUUGCCAGACCAAAAUGACGUCAUCCAAGCCAAGAAAGCCUAUGAAUUGCAGAGUGAUGCAAUUUACAAGUCAGAUCUAGAAUGGAUUCGUGGAUGUGGAUGGCUGCCCAAUGACUCAGUGGAAGUAAAGAAAGUGAAGAAUGCUCGACUCUUAAAUGAACGUUUGUACCGUCAGCCUGCCACCUCUCUGAAAUUCACCAGCAUCGUCGACCUGCCAUCUAUUGUGUUGGCUAAAACCAAUGCUGACCAGAUUAGUUUGAGCAAAUAUAAGGAAGCUUGGAGCAAGACAAGCCAUGUCAUGCCUGACACUCCUGAAAUUAUGCUAUCAAGAGCUAAUGCCAUCAAUAUCAGCAAUAAACUCUACCAAGAGGGAUGGGAUAAAAUCAAAAUGAAUUGUGACCUCAGAGCUGAUGCUAUUCCUAUCAAAUCAGCCAGAGCCUCUAGAGAUAUUGCAAGUGAUUAUAAAUACAAAAUAGCACAUGAGAAGCAGAAAGGUCACUACAUUGGAACUCCUUCAGCUAAAGAUAACAAAAUAGCCUGGUGCUUACGUGCCUCUAAACUUCCCAGUAACUUGGAUUAAAUGGCCUUUGAAAAGUCAAAGACUAAGUUGAACCUGCCAGUAGAUAUGGUGUCCAUAGUAUCAGCCAAGCAGUGCCACUUUGUCAGCGAUAUUGAUUAUCGUCAUCAUCUGCACCAAUGGACUUGCCUUCCAGACCAGAAUGACGUCAUCCAGGCUAGGAAAGCUUAUGAUCUACAAAGUGAUGCACUUUACAAAUCUGACUUGGAAUGGCUUCGUGGCGUUGGAUGGAUUCCAACUGAUUCAUAUGAUGUAAAUAAGGUUAAAUAUGCCCAAGACAUCUUGAGUGAGAGGAAAUAUAGAACUAAACCCAACACACUAAGUUUCACUCCAGUCACUGACCGGGUGGAUUACGUUUCAGCCAAGCAAGGCGCCGAUAUCUUGAGUGAUAUUAAAUACCAUGAAGCAUGGAACAACAUAAAGACACAUUACACAACUGUAAAUGAUACUCCUCUGCUAAUAACAGCUCGUGAGGCAGCUAAAAAUGUUAAUAAUAAACUUUACACUGAAGGCUGGGAUAAGAUAAAAGCCACUGGUUAUCUGCUGCCCCAGGAUGCUGUACAAAUUUCACAUGCCAAGAAGAGUGGUAUUGUCCAAAGUGAGCUGAAGUACAAAGCCGAAUACAUCAAACACAAAGGACACUAUCUUGGACUCCCAUCAUUAAAUGAUGACCCUAAACUCCGUUGGUUCAAGCAUGCCAACCUCAUCAUAAACGAUAAGUACCAAAAAGGGUAUCAAACAAAUAAGUCAAAGAUUAACAUUCCCCCUGAUAUGGUAUCAAUUGAAGCUGCAAAACAAGGCCAAAGUCUGGCUAGUGAAAUUGAUUAUCGCCACUAUUUGCACCAAUGGACUUGCCAUCCUGAUCAGAAUGACUGCAUACAAGCUAGAAAAGCUUAUGACUUACAGAGUGAUAGCAUCUACAAAUCUGAUCUGGAAUGGAUUCGCGGCUGUGGAUGGAUUCCUCUUGACUCUGUAGAACACCAGAAAGUAAAGAAAGCUCAGGAACUAAUGAAUGAAAGAGCCUACAAGAAAGAUGCAUGGGACAAUUUUGCCAAAUUUUCUCAUGUUGUGGAUACACCAGAAAUUGAACUUGCCAAGCUCAAUAACAUCAACCAAAGUGAUCUGAAAUACAAAGAAACAUUCAAUAUGGAGAAAGGCCAGUACAUUGGUUCUGCAGAAACUCCUCAAAUCACUCACUCCAGAGAGAUGUCCAAACUUGCUAGUGAGAAAUCAUACAAAGACUCAUGGGAUACCAUGAAAGCACUGGGAUACCAGCUGCCACCAGAUUACUUGCCUCUUGUUGGUGCUAAGCAUGCUAAACUUGUUACAAGUGACCUGAAAUACAAGGAAGCCCAUGAAAAGGAGAAGGGUCACUAUCUAGCUGGAACAAUGAUUACUGACUUCCCAAGUGUUGUCCACUCUUUAGGUUUCCAGAAGAUGAGGAGUAUGUUGAGAUACAAAAAAGUAUAUGAAGACAACAAGACAAAGAUCAAUAUUCCAGGCGAUAUGCUGAACAAUGUACUUGCCAAGAAGUGCCAGCAUAUUCUUAGUGAUAUUGAGUAUCGUCACUAUCUCCACGACUGGACAUGCUUGCCUGAUGAGAGGAAUGUUAUCCAUGCCAGAAAGGCCAAUGAACUCUUAAGUGAUGUGUAUUAUAAGGAUGAUCUCAACUGGCUGAAGGGCAUUGGAUGCUUUGUCUGGGAUACUCCAGAAAUCUUACGUGCCAAGAAUUCCUAUAGUCUCCAAAGCCAACUGAAAUACUCAGCACCUGGAAAAGAGAAUUUCAAGAACUAUACAGUUGUUACGGACACACCUGUGUAUUUAACAGCUGUUCAGAGUGCAAUCAAUGCCAGUGAUAGGAAAUACAAAGAAAGCUACAACAAGGAAAAAGAUAAGUACACAUCUGUACUGGAAACUGUGGAUUACAGCCGCACACAAAACCUAAAGGACCUUUUCAGCAAUAACAUAUACAAACAAGCCUGGGAUAAAGUAAAGGCCACAAGUUACCAGUUACCUUCUGAUACUGUUGCAUUAUCAUUCGCCAAACAGAAUAAGCAUCUUGCCAGCAUGCUUAAGUACCGUGAGGAAUAUGAGAAAUUUAAGGCACUCUACACCUUACCUAGAGGUAUCCAGGAUGAUCCUGCCACAGAAAGAUGUCUUAAAGUUGGAAAGCUCCCUCUAGAUCGUCUCUAUAGAGAAGUGUAUGAGAAGAACAAGUCGAAGAUUCACAUUGCUCCUGAUAUGAUGGAAAUUGUUGGUGCUAGGGAUACUCAGGAUAAAGUCAGUGAAAUUAACUACCGUAAAUAUCUCCAUGAAUGGAUCUGCUUACCUGACAUGCAGAUGAAUGUCCAUGCCCGCAAGGUCAACGACCAGCUAAGUGAUAUUGUAUAUAAAGAUGAUCUUAACUGGCUGAAGGGAAUUGGCUGCUUUGUCUGGGAUACUCCUGAAAUUCUUCAUGCCAAGCAUGCCGAUGAACUUCGUAGUGAUUACAAGUACAAAGCUAAAGCUGAGGAAAUGAAGAAAACAUUCACUUCAGUGAUGGAAACGCCAGUUUAUCUCCAAUCUGUAGCCAGCGGAAAACAGAGCAGUGAUGUUGUAUACCACUCUGACUAUGAACAAAAUGUUAGAGGCAAGGUGUCUUCAACCACAAAGACUGUUGAUUUGGACAGAGCCAGCAAUGCCAACAUAAUACGUAGUGAUUACCUGUAUCGUGAAGCUGGAGUAAAAAACCUUCCUAAAGGGUACAGUCUUUCUAAGGAUACCCCAGCCAUUGUACAAGCUAAAAAAGCCCAAGCAAUUGGCAGUGAUCUAAAAUACAAGGAACUGUAUGAACAUGUGAAGGCCAAAUCUUACACUCUGGGCCCAGACAAUGUCAGCUUUGUUAACAUAAAGAAAGUGAACAACAUCCUUAAUGAGAGACUCUACCGAAAACUGUAUCAUAAGCAGAAGGACAAGAUUCAUACCACACCAGAUACUCCAGAAAUCCGACAGGUUAAGGCCACCCAGGAGGCUAUCAGUGAUCUGAUUUACAAAUCAGACUACUUUAAGAUGCAAGGACAUAAUAUUUCUAUGCCGUACACACCCCAAACCAUACACUGCCGCUAUGUUGGUGAAAUCACAAGUGAUAAUAAAUAUAAGGAAGAUUUACAGUGGAUGAAAGGCUUGGGAUGUUUCUUGUAUGAUACUCCUGACAUGGUGCGAGCCCGGGACCUCCGAAAGCUCUGGUCUAAAUACCUGUACACCAAUACUGCCAAGAAGAUGCUGGAUAACUACAGUGUUGUGAUGGACACUCCAGAAUACAGGACCGUUCAGGAGCUAAAGACACAUUUGAGUGAUGUGGUAUAUAGAGCAGCAGGCAAUAAGCAAAAACAAGUUUACACAAGUGUACUGGAUACUCCAGACUUACUAAGAGCCAAGAAGGGACAAGAAAUUCAAAGUCAGUACUUGUAUGUGGAAGUUGCUUCUAAAGAGAGACCACAUCACCAUGCUGAUGGACAGACGCCAAGCAUUAAGCUUGCCAAGCAUAUGAAAGAUCUCAUUAGUGAGAAAAAAUACAAGGCCCAAUAUGAGAAGAUGAAGCACAAACACACAUCGGUUGCAGAUACACCCAUCAUCUUGCGGGCUAAGAAAGCAUAUCUUAAUGCCAGUGAUCUGCGCUACAAAGAAACAUUUGAACAUGCAAAGGGCAAAUACCACACAGUGAAAGAUGCGCUGGACAUUGUUUACCAUCGCAAGGUCACGGAUGACAUCAGCAAAGUAAAAUACAAAGAAAAGUAUGUGAGCCAGCUGGGUAUUUGGAGAUCCAUCCCUGAUCGUCCUGAAUAUUACCAUCACCGUGCAGUAACUGAUUCAAUUAGUGAUUCUAAGUACAAAGAAGACCUGACAUGGCUGAAGGGCAUUGGUUGCUAUGCAUUUGAUACUCCUGAUUUAGCCCUCGCAGGGCAGAACAAAGCACUUUACAGCAGGUAUAAGUAUCGUGAGUCUUUUGAAAAGAUGAAAUCCAAAUUCCAGUACACCUCUGACACACCGCUGUUUAAUCACUUCAAGUACGCAACUGAGCUGGCGAAUGAGAAAUCAUACAAAGCUGAAUAUGAGAAGGGGAAAACGCAGUACAGCGUUGUUGUGGAUGAUCCUAGACAUCUUCUGGCUAAGAGUGCAAGUGAACAGAUUAGCCAGUGGAAGUAUAAGGAGAACUAUGAAAAACUGAAAGACAAAUAUACUUCAGUUGUGGACACUCCAGAACACCAAAGAACUCAGAAGGCUAGCAAGCAGGGUAGUGAUAUUGUUUACAAAUUGGAAUGGAACAAGGCCAAAGCCAAAGGAUACACCACAAUCCAUGACACACCAAUGUUAAUACACGCCCGCAAGGUCAAAGACAAGACCAGUGAUCUGAAAUACAAAGAGCUGUAUGAGAAGAGCAGAGGGCAUUGUAAUCUUAUACCAGAUGCUGUGCAAAUCAAGACAGCCAAGGAAGCCUACAAGUCCAUAAGCAAUCUGAAUUACAAGAAGAAAUAUGAAGCAAAUAAGGCACAUUGGCUCUGGAUUGCUGACAGACCAGACUUUGUCCAAAAUGCAAAGACAUCUUUGCAGCAGAGUGAUUAUGAAUACAAGCUGGAUAGAGAAUUCCUAAAAGGAUGCAAGCUGUCUGUCACCGAUGACAAAAACACUGUUCUGGCUCUGAAGAAUGCAGAAAUGAAUAGUGAUGUGAAAUAUAAGAAGAAGUACGAAAAAGGAACCUACCAAGGAGAAUUCAAAGUUGUUUCAGAUACACCUCAAAUUCUCCAUGCUAAAUCUGCCAGUGGACUUAUAUCUGAGACCAAGUACAAGGAAGAAGGCAAAAAGAAUCUGCAGCAUGGUUCAUUUACAACUCUCCCUGAAACACGUGAUACAGUUCAUGUCAAAGAAGUGACUAAGAUUGUCAGUGCGAAACAAUACAAAGAAAAGUUCCAGCAGGAGAAAGGAAAGUCCAAUUACUCCAAUAUGCUAGAACCUCCUGAGGUGAAGCAUGCUAUGGAUGUGGCAAAGGCACAAAGUAAUGUGGCUUACAGGAAAGAUGCCAAGGCUGGCCUCAAUUACACCAGUACUGCUGACAGACCUGAUAUUAAGAAGGCCACGCAAGUUGCUAAGUUAGUCAGUGAUGUCCAAUACAGAGCUAAGGCACGAGAAGAAGCCAGCCGAGGUAUCACAAUGCUUGGGCGACCGGACAUUGAGUUGGCUCAGGAAGUAUCCAAACUUACAAGUCAGGUUGAGUAUACCAAAGGAAAGAUGUGGGGACAUGGAGCGGCAUCAUAUGACACUCCUAUCAUGAGACAACUUAAGAAAGCAAAUGAGCUCACUAGUAAUGUGAAAUACAAGGAAAACUUUUCAAAAGACAAAGGGAAAAAGCCCCAGUAUGAUCUCAAGGAGAGCAAGAUAUAUCAAACUCUGAAAGAUGCAAACACUCUUGCUAGUGAGGUUAAAUACAAGGCAGAUAUGAAGAAGAAGAUUCAUCAGCCAGUGACUGACAUGGCCGAAUCACUCAGCAUGUAUCAUAUAACAAGCACAAGCAAGCUGGCCAGUGAUUACCAGUACAAGAAGGAAUUUCAGAAGAGUAAGGGUCACUACCAAGGGGGGCCUGAUACACUUGAACAAGUUCAUCAUAAGGAAGCAACAGAACUGCAAAGCCAAGUGAAAUACAAGGAAAAGUAUGAAAAAGAAAAAGGCAAAGCAAUGUUGGAUUUUGAAACCCCAACAUAUGUAACUGCUAAAGAAUCACAACAUAUGCAAAGUGAGAAAGAAUAUAAGAAGGACUUGGAAGAUUGCAUUAAAGGCAAAAACCUUACUGGUUUGGAAGUUACACCAUCAAUGUUACAUGUCAGAUAUGCUACAAAAAUAGCGAGCGAGAGAGAGUACAGGAAAGAUCUCGAUGACACUAUCAAAGGUAAAGGCUUUACAAUGUUAGAAGAAACUCCUGAAUUCCUACGAGCAAAGAAUGCAACACAUAUUCUAAAUGAGAAAGAAUACAAGAAAGCACUAGAAAUAGAAAUGAAAGGAAGGGGCCUUUCUAUGGGUCUGGAUACUCCAGAUUUCAUGAGAGCUAAGAAUGCUACAGAUAUUGCCAGCCAGGUCAAAUACAAGCACUCUGCAGAGAUGGAAAAGGCCAACUUUACAUCUGUAGUGGAUACACCAGAGAUUAUCCAUGCUCAACAAGUCAAGAACCUCUCCAGUCAGAAAAAAUACAAAGAGGAAGCAGAAAGGACCAGGUCAUAUUACGUUCCUGUGUUAGAUACUCCUGAGAUGCAGCGAGUCCGAGAAAACCAGAAGAAUUUCAGCACACUUCAGUACCAGGGUGAUCAUAAAAUCAGUAAAGGAAAAGUUACAGUGGUAAAAGACACGCCAGAAAUACUGCGUGUUAAAGAAAAUCAAAAGAAUUUCAGCUCGAUAUUGUACAAAGAAGAAAUUGGAUCAGGAACAGCUGUUGGGCACACCCCUGAGAUGGACAGAAUUAAGAAAACGCAAGAUGCCAUUAGCACGAUUAAGUACAAAGACAGUAUUGGAAAAGGAACUCCAAUCUCUGACCUACCUGAAGUCAAACGAGUAAAGGAGACUCAGAAGAACAUUAGCUCGGUUAUGUACAAAGAACAUUUGGGGCAAGGAACCCCAACAUCAGUGACUCCAGAGAUUGAGAGGGUCAAACGCAACCAAGAAAACAUUAGCAUGGUACAGUACAAAGAAAAUAUGGGAAUAGCAACGCCGGUACCUGUAACUCCAGAGAUGGAGAGAGUCAAACGCAACCAAGAAAAUAUUAGCUCGGUGUUAUACAAAGAACAUUUUGGAGUGGGGACCUCUACACCCGUCACUCCUGAGAUGGAGAGAGUAAAACGCAACCAAGAGAAUAUUAGCUCGGUUUUGUACAAAGAAAGUUUGGGAAAAGCGACCCCAGCAUCUGUCACUCCAGAGAUGGAGCGAGUUAAACGCAAUCAAGAAAUUAUUAGCUCGGUUCUAUAUUCUGACAGCUUCCGCAAACAGAUUCAGGGUAAGGCUGCCUUUGUGCUGGAUACUCCAGAAAUGAGACGUGUUCGUGAAACUCAACGGAACAUCUCAGCUGUGAAGUACCAUGAAGAUUUUGAGAGGCAAAAGGGCAGCUUUACACCAGUAGUUACAGACCCCAUUACUGAACGUGUAAAGAAAAACAUGAUUGACUUCAGUGACAUUAACUACCGUGGAAUUCAGAGAAAGGUUGUGGAAAUGGAAAGGAAAAGGAGUGACCAGGAUCAAGAUGUCACAGAUCUCAGAGUGUGGCGUACUAAUCCUGGUUCUGUCUUUGACUAUGACCCGGCAGAAGAUAACAUUCAGUCACGAAGCUUACACAUGCUGUCUGUGCAAGCUCGACGCAGUCGGGAACACUCUCGUUCUGCUAGUGCUUUGAGCCUGAGUGCCGGAGAUGAGGUCUCAGAGGGGGCAGAUCACCAUCAUUCCUAUUAUAGCAAUGGAGGGCUUUUUACCACUAGUACCACAACAACAGUAACAGGCCACAAAGAAAGUGGACAAAUACUUUUUUACCAGGGCUACAAACAGGCAAAAACAACCGAACUACCCCAACAACGGUCCUCUUCUGUAGCUACUCAACUUACAACAGCAUCAUCUGUCCCAUCUCAUCCAUCUACUACUGGAAAAACCUUCAGAGCCAUGUAUGACUACAGAGCAGCUGAUGAUGAUGAAGUAUCCUUCCGAGAUGGUGAUACAAUAUUAAAUGUUCAGACAAUUGAUGAAGGUUGGAUGUAUGGAACUGUACAAAGAACGAGCAAGACUGGCAUGUUACCAGCCAACUAUGUGGAGGCCAUAUAACUAAAGAACUAAAUUAAUAAUGCUUGCUGCUGAAGAGAACAGUGACCGUUCAUUCAUACAACAAAAUAUUCUAAUUAUAUUUGUAGGCAAUUGUUUUAUGUUAUCCUGUCUUGUAGAACUUUUAAAAUCUAUACGUAAUUUAAAGUAGCAAAACUUUCACAGGAUCUCUAAAAAUAUUUAUUUAUACUUAAGAUGAUUGGCCUAUAGCAUUGUGAGAUUUUUGAAUUAUAUAAAAUCAAGAUACAGAUUGAUAAAAUAUUUCUAUUCAUGGACUCACAAUUGAAGAAAACCACAACUAAAGACUAUCUCCCUAUUUGUCAUGCUUGUUUGCUACAGAGACAUGUUUGCCCUAAAAUAAAUAUUAAGAAUACAAACACCAUAGCAAGCUAGAGUAACAAAAUUAAAAAGCCUCUCCUUCCUCUUCUUGCUGAACAAUACGUGCAUGUUUUGUUAUAGGGUUAACUCUGUUCCUCCCUGUAAAUUAGCAACUAAUAAAGCUGGCAUUUCUGCA